CUGAUUCAAAAAGUGAUAUUUUUAUACCUAUAGUUGUGGAAGAGACAAAAAAGAGAAAAUCUAAGUUUAAGUUUGCAUGUAUUUUUGAUCAACACUCUGUUAGUAAAGAUUUAACUGAAAAUAUAGACAAAAUAUUAGAAACAAAAAAAGAAACUAUACUAUCUGAAGCUUCACAAAAAACUGAAGAUAUUUUAGAAUUCUAUAGGAGAAUACAAAAGGAGGCUAAAAAGAUAAGAGCUGUUGUACGUGCUGAUAUUUCUAAACUAUCUGCUUUUAUUUCAAAAGCUUAG